AUGUCUGCUCCAUCGCCUUUCAUUGCAUGGGGAAUGGAUAUGAUUGGAUCGAUAGAACCAAAAGCUUCGAAUGGUCACAAGUUCAUCUUAGUCGCCAUUGAUUGUUUUACAAAGUGGGUGGAAGCAGUGAUUACAACUGAUAACGCCACAAAUCUCAACUGCCACUUAAUGCAAGAGGUAUGCUACCAAUUUAAGAUUGAGCAUCGCAAUUCGACUACAUAUCGCCCAAAGGCAAAAGGGGUUGUAGAAGCUGCUAACAAAAAUAUAAAUAAGAUACUCCGUAAGAUGGUGCAAAGUUCUCGACAACGUCAUGAAAAGUCUCCUUUUGCUUUGUUGGGUUAUCGCACUACAGUCCGUACGUCAGUGGGCGCUACCCCAUAUUCACUACUUUACGGGAAUGAGGAAGUUUUACCUGCAUAG